AUGGCUGGAUCCAUGGUUGGCGACUUUACACGAUGGAUAUUCAACGAUCCGAUUUGGACAAGAUCGCGUCAGGAUGUAGUAAUAGUACCAAAUAAGGAUGAAAAGAGUAGACGGUUGUCACUUGACAUGUCAUCUUCGUCCUCAACAUCCUUAUCACCAUCUGUACUACCAACACAUAAUGCAUCGCCUAGAUCAUAUAAAAAGACUUCAAAUUCUCGAUUAACAUCUCACAGGCGUCCUAGUUCGCGCCAAAAAACUCAGUCUCAAAAUACUUCACAUAUUGAACAAUCUUCAACGAUUACAGAGCAAGAUGAGGCAAAAUCAAGUGUUACAAUUCAUGUUGGAGACACAUUAAAUUCUCGCGUUGAUCCAUCUCCUGUUGACAAUUGUCAAGAGAGCAAAGGAGAAAUCGAUAAAAUUGAUAAUAAUCAAAAAUUAGGAGAUUUUAUUCAUGAAAAUAUUAAUUCUUGGACUGAAUCACAGCAAACUCCAACACCGAUUUCAAAUAGAUGUGAUAAAAAUAGAGGUCUAAAUUCAGAUCUUACAUUUUUAGAAUCUACAAAUAGCGGGUCUUCUAAAUUGCAAAAAAAGAAUUCUUUGAAAGGGCAUCAAAAGCAAAGUGCUCGUAAUAAAGAACAAACUGUUGGUUUAACAACUCAAGAAAGCGAUGGAGAAAUUGAUAGUAUUAUUUCAGAUGAUCAUUCUGAUAGCUUGAUUCAACAAAGUGACGUAUCUGUACCUACCAUACAGAAGAAUAUGCAUGAUUCUACUCAAGAAGAGACUUUCGUUAAAACUGGACAUAAGAGACGAAGGAGGAGGACGAAAGGAUCUAGGAAUAAUCAGCAAAAAACACAGCAAAAUCAGCAAACACAAAAUUCGGAUCAACGUUCCUCGAAGCAAGAACAGCCAGGAUCUUCACAAAAACAAGAUAUUUCACUACAAAGUUCUUCUAAUGUACCUAAGUCACGUCAUGUAAGUGAAAAAAUCAAUUCUAGAUCGUAUCAUUUUUUACACGGUACAUUGCAUGGUCAAAAUACUCAUUCACAACAGCAUCAGUCGAAUGAGAUAUCGAAGUCUCGUCAGUCCGUUGAAAAGUCGAAAGCAGACAUUUUGGAAAGAAAUCCUCAACAACACAUCGAAUCUCAAUCGUCACGCUCGGACCAAACGGUUUAUUUUAACAAACGUACUAGUCAAAUCUAUCAUUCUGCAAACCUGGAUGAUACAGCUAUUCCAGCAAAAGCAACGCUCCUUGAGUCAAACAGAAAAACUGCAGUGUUCCCAAGGACGGAUAAUAUACAUUGGAAGCCAAAUGUCAUAACGGCACCAUCUCAAGCUUCUAAUUUUAAUUCAAAUAUUUCAAAUGUCCCCAUAUCGCGUUUUGCCACUUAUGCUGAUGUGAUUGCUCCUCAUAAAUCCGCGAUUAUCGCUACACUUCCUCGUUCUAACACUUCGGGAUUGUCCAACGGAAAUAAUAUUACGACACCGGUCCCUGUAGCCUCUAUGAAUAACGCGACGAAUCACCAAUGGUAUUCUCCAUUCGGAUCAGGUCUUUCAAUUCAACUUACUCCGCCAGCGUCUCCCCAGAACAUUCAUCGUCAAUUGCCUUCUACUUCGUCUUCCGUGCAAUCACAAGAUCGUAAUCGAAAUGUGAUUGCGCCGCCUCCCUCGUUGUCCGCUUCAAAUAAUGUGUCCUCGUUUUCUUCUUCUCCGUCCUCUUCAUUGUCGAUGUUUACAUCGUCAUCCUUUCCUUCACUCUCCAAUUCUCUGUCUAAUCAGGACCAAAGCAAAGUUAUUGCCUCCCCUGCAAACUCAUCAUUCAGAGAAUCCCUUUUUGGAAGAAAAUAUCCUGUCCAGGAUCAAGAAAAAGGUGAAUUAUCUGACGAAGAUGAUGAUUCGAAAAGUAGGAAUAAAAUAAUGGAAGCAUCAGAAUUGACCAAUCAGAGGACACAGAAUGACGGUGCUUUACUUGUUAGAGAAGGAAAAUGCGGGGAAGGGACAAAAAAAGAGAAUGUCAACUGGCGUCGUGAACAAGAAUCUCAACAGCAAUUCUCGUUAUUUGAUAAGCGGUUAUCGUUCAUGUAUCCUUAA